AUGACACAAUCACCUUCAUCAAAUCAGGGUGGUAAUGACAAGAGCAAAAACUUUCCCAGCCGUAUCAAAAGCUUUUUCAUCAAGUCAUCUUCUCCAACUAGUCCCAACAAUUCCUUACAACCGAGAAUUUCAUCACCCAACUCUCCAAAUCUUCCCAAAACUGCAAGUUCCAACACUCUUCCUAUUCAUAUUCAUAAUAAUAACAAUAAUAUCGAGAACUCUCCAUCAUUCACCAGAAAGAGUAGUGCUAGCAAUGAAAUAUCAUCAGUAUUAUCUUCCUCUCCACUUGUUAAUUCCCCAUCAUUAAAUUCAUCGUCGAAUAUCAAUAAUAUUCGGCAUAGUAACAAUCAAUUUUUGAUGGUUUCUCCAUCAUUGAAUAAUAAUAAUAAUAUUUCUCCACCUAAUAAUAAUAAUAAUUCUAAUAAUUAUUAUUCAACAACAACGGGAACAACAACUUCAAACACUACAUCAUCUAACGAGGCAAUUUCCCCAAAUACCAAUAAUGGUGGUAGUGCUGCUGCUACUAGUGGAGGAGGACAACAACAAAACGACAACAACAACAACAAUAUUCAGCAGCAUCAACUCGAGCCAAUUGUUUUUGAUUCGCCAAACUCACCUCCAAAUCACAGUAAAAACAACGGGUCGUUUUUGGCGGGAGAAUUUGAUAAGAAAAAAAAUCAUCAUGAGCCUACAGUUUCAUCCUCAUCCAAUUAUACGACCACUUCGACAUCAAAUUCUAUCGGAAGUGGUGGAGGUGGUAGUAGAAGAAUGGAUAGUACAGUAUCGGAUAUUGUUGUUGGAGGACAUAUUUUGUCAAGUUCAGUGAUGAAUAGUGAUUUGAUGCAAUAUGAUUUGAAUUUUAAUGAGGGAGGAUCAAGAAAAACAUUUGAUUUUCAUAACAUGACAGCAAAUUCGACACUGGGUAGCCUUCCUCCUGGAGGAUUUUUACAUGGUGCUUCGAAUAGUCAAACUAAUUUUGGAAGUGUAAGAGAUUCUAAUGCAAUACUUUCGGAGAGUAUGUUGGAUAGACAUCUAUUGGAUGUCCAUCAUCAAGAUGGUAUGUUCAUCAAUUAUCUUACUUGA